AGAUAUAGAUGAUGGAAGUGUUGGACACAGCAGUCCAUAUGGUAACCAUAGUGAUGAGGAACAAGGCUACAUACAUCAGGAUGAAGACAUGUACGAAGCUGAUGAUGCAAGUGAUCACGAUGUUGCCAUGGAAACAGACUUUGUCGAAAAUCCACCAGAUAGCGAGCCCGCUUACCCACCAGGUUCACCAGAGGAAGGUGAAGUGAUUGAUGACAAUAGUGACGCAGGGGAAGUUAACACUAAUGAUUCUAUAAAAGCUAAUGUUAAACAGGUCACAGAACCUGUUGAUAAAACAGAAGAAAAUUCCAAAGAAGGUGAAGGUGAUACCAAUACAUCUCAGAACAAAAAGGAAUUUUGUGAUGAAAAUAUUGAGUGUGAGGUUGUUGAAGAUGAUGCUGAAAGAGGAGAGGAAACCAUCUUAACUGAUAUAUUAGAUAAAGAUACCAAACUAGUAAAUGUGGAUAAGAAAACUGAUGAUGAUAGCAAUGAUAAAAAAACUGAUAAAAGUGAUAAAACAACUGAAAAUGUUGGUGUUGAUGUUAGAAUUGUUAAGAAAGAAAUAAGAGAUUCUGAUGAUGAAAAUUCAACAGCUGUUACAGAUAAAAAAGAUGAAAUUGACAAGAAUGAUGUGGACAUGAAAAAAUUAGAUGAUGUUAAAACUGAAGAAGAUAAUGUAGUAGAUGUUGAACCAGUUGAGAGUGAAAAGGACCUGUCAGAUGAAGGAGAGGUUUUAGAAGAGAGUGCAAAGGAUAGUGCCAAAGCUGGAUGUUCCAAAUCAGAAGUAAUUGUUAGUGACGUUAAAAAGGGAAAACCUGCUAGAAGAGUUGUAAAACCACCAAAACAAGACAUUGCACCAGCUUUGACAAGAAAUCAAAUGGAAUUGUUAGAACUUGAGAUGAGAGCUAGGGCAAUUAAAGCAAUGUUAAAAACUGCUAAAUGAUAUGGUAUUAGAGGGGGUUUCAGCUGACAAAAGCCCAUACACUUAGCUGAACGUGAACAAUUUUUCUUCAUAAUAUUUCCCUUUAUUUUAAUUUGAUCUCCAGAUGAAAGAAAAAAUCAUUGUCGUAGAUAAGAGCAUUUUUACAUUGUUGAUCAAAUGAUGUAGAUUUUAAAUGACAUUUUUAAGAACAUCUUAAUUGUAUAUUAAAUUAAGUAUUGAUAUUUUAGAAAGUAAAACUUCAUUUAUACAAGAUGUUGCUUCAGGCAUUAAGAAGCCAUUACAAAAAGAAAUCAAUUUGAAAUCUUGUUUGGAACUUAAUUUUUCCGAAGUUUUUCAUUUUGAUUUUAAAGAUAACAAAUAUCUAUUGAAAGUGACAGAAUGUUCAUGCUUUAGUAAACAUUCAAGGCUGAACAAUCAUUUUGUUAAAGUAAAUAUUUGAAUCAUCUUGUUAUAUACAUGUAUGUUAUGUACAUGUAUGUAUGUAAUAUUUUCAAUGUCUUAAGGCUGAAUUAAGUCGCUUUGUUACACAUGACACAUCAAACUUAAAGAAAUAAAAUAUAUUUUUUCGUGUUA